AUGAACGUCGAGGCAUGUAAUCGCGCCGCCGACAAAGAGUCUCAAAGCUCGUUACCGAAAAAUGAACACGAGAGACGGAGAAGGCAAAGAAUCAUGAACUCUAUGGACAAUCUUGACUACUUGAUGAUCAUAGCUUCGCAAGAAAAGAAAUCCAUUGAACAAGUCAAGUACGAGUUAAAGUUGAAAUUGAUACAUGGUGACUAG